AAAAAAGGGGUCAAAAUACGCAUUUUACCGCUUUCCCGAAGAUACCCUUUUUCUCGACGGCUCUAUUAUUUAUCCUCGGCUUUUCCCUUGCUUUUUUUCUUCAGGACUUUUGCUCAGACUUCAGUCCCCACUUCUUCUCCUCUGCACUUCAUCCCUCCCAACUCAUUUCUUCUUUCCUUUGACUAUUUGAGGUAUGAAUGAAUCGAUUACUAUCUUUGAUCUGUUUAUUCUUCUGGGUUUUUGCUAUUUUCUCUUUUAUCUGAGCAUUUUCAUGCAUUAUAAUGCAGCUCCCCAAGUGAAUUUUACUGCUCUGGGAUCUUGGAUUUAUGUUUUUCUUUUUUUGUUCUCUGCAUGCAUUGUAUGAUUGCAGUAGUCAAUGCUAAUUUAUGGGGUUUUGCUUAUAUUUCUUACUUUAGAUCUGAAAAACAAUUACUUAAUUUUGCUGACACCAGUUAGUGUAGCUUGUUCUGGCUGAAGAUGUAGUGGUUGAUUUUUUUUUUCCCCUCCUGGAUCUGCAUACUAAUAUCUGCGUUGCGAACGACUGUUUUGGAGUAGAAAUAUAUUUGCAAUUGAUGGCAGAAAGUGCUUAAUUAAGGUUUUUUGGCUUUAGAGUUGGUCAUUUUGCAAGUUUUAAAAUGAAGGGCUGUUUUGAAGGUUGAAGAAUGUUUUGCUUCGAGUCUUAAGAUGUUUGAUUUAAUUCCUCUUUGUUACCUUGUCGGAUUUCGCUAAUUUUGAAUAUUUCUAAACAACAACUCUUUUUGAAGUAGUGCAAUUUUACUAGCUGUAGUAAGAAAGGUGGAAAAUUCUUAUGCUUCCGUUUUCAAAUUAGACUGAACUCCUGAAGGGCGACGUUUCAUUCUUUUGUUCCCCGUUUUGCUGCAUUUUUUGAAUCUGUAGAACAUAGAAUAACUUUGGAAUAUCAGGCGAUGUAAAUGAGGUAAAGGUAACUUACUGUACCAACUUUUGGUACCAAAUCACGUGCCUGGGUGUUUGGUUGAUCUUGUCAUGAAAUGGGCCCACAUUGAAUCUGAGCAAAAAGAGUUUCUAGAAUUGACAGUGAGGGAUUUGUGAAUGUUUUUCACUUUUGCCCUGAGGUGUGUGUUAAUUAACUUCGGAAGAUGCGAAAGAUUUAAAAUACUUGUAUUUAUGUAGUACUUCUUCUGUCUUUACUCUCAAAGAUGUCUCCCCAAAGAAGUCUUGUUUUAAAACUUGUCGUGUGUUACCAAACUUCUCCUUCCUUCCAUACAUUGUUUCACUUUCGUAUAUUUUAUGGUCAUGUCAAAGUCAUGCAUUGGUACACCAGAUCUGUUCGAUUUCAUUGUCUCAAAGCUUCAGAAGAACUAAUGUUAAAUGUAUUUGUUGAUUAACUAUCAAUAAUUUGUCAGAUAUGAUUACAUUCUCUAGCUUAGCAGCAGUUUGUCACUGUUUUUGUGCUUUUGGUUUACUUAAAGAUGUGUAUGGCAUCACCUUAAUAUGGGGUAGCUGACAACGAUCAACACUUUAUGCUUUCGUUGGAUGUGUAUGGUGCUUAUAUGCAGUAGGAAUAAAAGAAAGGUGCUUAUGUGCAUCAGAUAUCCUAGACUUUGUCUCCGGCGCAAUAAUGUCUGAAUUCAGUCUACAUGCCAUCUAUAAGUUCCUAGCUGUACCUUAAUUGUCUUACUGAUUGCUAAGCUUACUCUGCAGUGUAUAUCAUUGCUGUUCAAGUGCAAGAUUUUACAAUGGUUUCUAACUGGGACUUUUUUCUGGCCUUCUCAGGGUGUAGCACUUUUUGCUGUUCAUUAUGUCAGAUCUUGAGGCCCCACUUCAUCGUCCCAAGAGGAAGAAGGUCUGGGUGGACUAUUUUGUCCAAUUCCGAUGGAUUAUUGUUAUCUUUGUUGUUUUGCCGAUCUCUUUCCUCAUGUAUUUCACCACAUAUCUUGGGGAUGUAAAAUCUGAGUCUAAGUCCUUCAAGAGGCGCCAGAAGGAGCACGAUGAGAAUGUUAAGAAAGUUGUCAAGCGGCUCAAAGAGAGGAAUCCAGCAAAGGAUGGCCUUGUUUGCACUGCUCGGAAACCAUGGAUAGCCGUUGGAAUGCGGAAUGUUGACUACAAGCGUGCACGCCACUUUGAAGUUGACCUUUCUGCUUUCAGGAACAUACUUGACAUUGACAAGGAAAGAAUGAUUGCCAGAGUUGAACCUUUGGUCAAUAUGGGCCAGAUAAGUAGGGUUACGGUCCCCAUGAAUUUAUCUCUUGCAGUGGUUGCAGAGCUUGAUGAUCUGACCGUUGGUGGUCUGAUCAAUGGUUAUGGGAUUGAAGGGAGCUCCCACAUCUAUGGAUUGUUCUCUGAUACCGUUGUGGCUUAUGAAAUUGUGCUUUCGGAUGGACAGCUGGUCAGAGCCACAAAAGACAAUGAAUACUCUGACCUCUUUUAUGCUAUCCCCUGGUCCCAAGGAACUCUUGGGCUUCUUGUAGCAGCUGAGAUUAAGCUGAUUCCUGUGAAGGAAUAUAUGAGACUGACAUACACACCUGUAAUUGGGAAUAUUCAGGAGGUUGCUCAGGGAUAUGUUGAUUCCUUCUGCCCUAGAGAUGGAGACCAGGAUAAUCCUGAUAAGGUCCCUGAUUUUGUAGAAGGCAUGGUUUACUCUGCAACAGAAGGUGUGUUCAUGACUGGUAGAUAUGCUUCAAAAGAAGAAGCCAAAAAGAAGGGAAACAAGAUUAACAAUGUUGGUUGGUGGUGGAAACCAUGGUUCUAUCAGCACGCUCAAACAGCUCUCAAGAGGGGCGAAUUCGUGGAGUACAUUCCUACAAGGGAAUAUUACCAUAGGCACACCAGGUGUUUGUACUGGGAAGGAAAACUUAUUCUUCCAUUUGCUGAUCAAUUUUGGUUCAGGUUUCUCUUGGGUUGGUUGAUGCCUCCUAAGGUUUCUCUGCUUAAAGCUACACAGGGUGAAGCUAUCAGAAACUAUUAUCACGAGAUGCACGUCAUUCAGGAUAUGCUUGUUCCUGUUUACAAGGUUGGCGCUGCGCUUGAGUGGGUGGACCGCGAGAUGGAGGUGUAUCCAAUUUGGCUCUGCCCACACAGGCUGUUCAAAUUGCCUGUGAAAACCAUGAUUUAUCCUGAGCCGGGAUUUGAGCAACAACGCAGGCAGGGUGACACACCUUACGCACAAAUGUACACUGACGUAGGGGUUUAUUAUGCACCAGGACCAGUCUUGAGGGGUGAGGUAUUUGACGGGGCUGAUGCUGUCCGUCGUAUGGAAAACUGGUUGAUUGAAAACCAUGGAUUCCAGCCGCAAUAUGCGGUGUCUGAGCUCAAUGAGAAGAACUUCUGGAGGAUGUUCGACGCAGAACUGUACGAGCAGUGCAGGAAGAAGUACAAAGCCAUUGGUACUUUCAUGAGUGUGUAUUACAAGUGCAAGAAGGGAAAGAAGACCGAGAAGGAAGUCCAGGAAGCUGAACAAGCUAUUCUCGAUGUUCCCUAUGCCGAAGCCGAUUAAGCUGGAGGGGUUUUAAUUUGUAGGGUUCAAGUGAGCUUUGAGUAGAAUUUCGUCCAUUGUCAUUUUUCUUGUAGCUGUUUGUGUUUGUUUUGUGAUGUCUUUUUAAAUUCAGCUUUGAUUAUCAGAUGAUGUAGUUCAGACUUCAGACCUUUUUGGUUCUGUUCAGUUAUUCUUAAUGUACUAGGUUGGACUGACUCCUUCCCUCAAGUUUUAUGCUCUUUGAUCUCGAUGCAUCUUUGAUACUCCCCUCCGGUUCUUGUUUAGAAAUGAUUAUUCUCAGAUAUAAAUAAAAAAAUCAAUUUAUGUUCA